GUUAGAACUAUAAGACCCAAAAGAAACCAGACGAUUCAUCAUGGACACUUCUGGCAAAACAAUUACAUGCCAAGCAGCUAUUGCCUGGGCAGCAAAUUCACCCCUUUCACUUGAGGAAGUUCACGUUGAUCCGCCAAAGGCUGGGGAAGUUCGCAUUAAGCUGACGUCUUCGGGGAUCUGCGGCACUGAUAAUCAUGUGCUGAAAGGGGAAGUGGAGGUGAAGUUUCCUUUAAUCCCGGGCCAUGAAGGAGCGGGGAUUGUGGAGAGUGUCGGUGAAGGAGUGAGCACGGUGAAACCAGGAGACAAAGUCCUCACAAUCGUUAUCCCACAGUGCAGAGAAUGCAGCUCCUGCUUGCACCCCAGAGGCAACUUCUGCAAGAAGCAAGAUGUUCUACCCACUUCUGGACUCAUGAUGGAUGGGACCAGCAGAUUUACCUGCAAAGGAAAAAGGAUUUAUCACUCUUUCCGCACAAGCACUUUCACUGAAUACACUGUUGUGCCUGAGAUUGGAGUGGCAAAAAUUGAUGAUGAGGCUCCUAUGGAUAAAGUGUGUGUCAUGAGCUGUGAGGUGCCUACAGGUUAUGGUGCUGCUGUUCAUUCCACCAAGGUCACCCCUGGCUCCACCUGCGUGAUCUAUGGACUUGGAGGAAUCGGCUCAGCCGUUGUCAUAGGAUGCAAAGCGUCUGGAGCUUCGAGGAUCAUUGGGGUUGACAUCAAUGAGGAAAAAUUUCCCCGGGCAAAAGCCCUAGGGGUCACUGAUUGUAUCAACCCUCGGAAACUCAAGAUGCCCGUCCAAGAUGCGGUGGUGGAAAUGACAGGCUUUGGCGUUGAUUUUGCCUUUGAGGCCGUCGGACGCCCCGAGACGAUGGUUGCUGCUUGGAAUUCCUGCCAUGUGAGCUAUGGUGUCUGUGUGAUAAUUGGGUUGGCUCCAACCAACAGUUAUCUUUCCCUCGAAGCACCGGAAAUUAUCACUGGACGAAUAAUGAAGGGGGCAUGUUUAGGAGAUUAUAAAACCAGAGAUGAUAUUCCUCAACUAGUAACUGAUUACCUGAAAAAUAAAAUUAACAUAGAUCCAUUAAUUACCCAUCAACUGCCUUUUAAUCAAAUCCACAAAGCCAUGGACUUGUAUAAUGCUGGAAAAGUCAUCCGCUGUGUUCUGCUGUUCUGAGAUCCAGAUGAUCAGAGGAGCAAGGGUGAUGUCUUGUUUACUGUUCUGCCUCCCUGAAAAUCUUAGUGCAGGUGGAAGAAAUAUCAGAGAUGAAAAUAAAGUGGGAUUGAGAAAAGUAAAAUAAGUGCGUC